AUGGCGCAACCACCCAGACCCCAGAUUCAGCCGUGUCGCUACAAGACUGGCAAGACUUUGGGAGCAGGCUCCUAUUCUGUGGUCAAGGAAUGUGUGCACAUCGAUACAGGGCGGUUCUAUGCCGCCAAGGUGAUCAACAAACGUCUGAUGGCCGGGCGGGAACACAUGGUUCGCAAUGAAAUCGCAGUCUUGAAAAAGGUGUCGAUGGGACACCAGAACAUCCUCACACUGGUGGAUUACUUUGAGACCAUGAACAAUUUGUAUUUGGUCACGGAUCUUGCGCUGGGCGGAGAACUUUUCGACCGCAUCUGUCGCAAAGGCAGCUACUAUGAGUCCGACGCCGCAGACCUCAUUCGCGCCGUCCUCUCAGCAGUCGCCUACCUACAUGACCAUGGCAUUGUCCAUCGGGACCUGAAGCCCGAGAACUUGCUGUUCCGCACCCCCGAGGACAAUGCCGACCUGUUGAUUGCCGAUUUCGGUCUGUCGCGAAUCAUGGACGAAGAGCAAUUUCACGUCCUGACCACCACCUGUGGUACACCAGGAUACAUGGCUCCGGAGAUUUUCAAAAAAAGCGGUCACGGAAAGCCUGUCGAUAUCUGGGCCAUCGGAGUAAUCACCUAUUUCCUCCUCUGUGGCUAUACCCCCUUUGACCGAGACUCAAAUCUGGAAGAGAUGCAGGCCAUCCUCGCCGCAGACUACUCAUUCACUCCGCUCGAAUACUGGCGCGGCGUGUCCCAAGAGGCUCGCAACUUCAUCAACCGGUGUCUGACCAUCGAUCCCCAAAAGCGAAUGACCGCCCAUGAAGCCCUUCAACAUAAAUGGGUCAACCCGCCGUACGACGUGGCCAAGAUCGGUUCCGGAGAAGACCUUCUCCCCACGGUCAAGAAGAAUUUCAACGCGCGACGAACCCUGCACCGCGCGAUCGAUACCGUUCGUGCCAUCAACAAACUCCGCGAGGGAGGCGGCUUCAUGAUGGACGGCGUCAUGAGCAUUGAUCCUCGGCCAGAGCGAGUCAAUGGACAAGAGGUGGUCGAGGAACAGCACCCCGGAGCUCCUCCUGCGAAUGGUGGCGGCGGUGGGGACCCCAUGCAGAUUGAUAGUCGAGGGAAUGCCCGCGGGCAGACCGAAGAACAAAUUCGGGAACAGGAGCGGAGAGUGAAGGAUAUGGUUGCUGGACUCUGGAGUCGUGGCCAUGGAAAAUGA